UCACCGCGGUACAGUAGGGAUGUUACUCCACUGAGUUAGAGAAAGUGAAACCUAAACUGUCGCAGAGCCGUGUGUCGAAAAGUUAGAUUUGUUUACAAAAUUGCUCACCAAGUGGUGAUUUGGUGAUUUUAGCAGAUUUAACAGAGUUGCAGAUAGCCUACAUCGUAAAAGAUCAGACUUCUAUUGUUUUUAUUAAUAUUUUAACAAGGCUGUUAUAGGAGGCAUACCAAGAGGAGAGAGGAAACAUGUCUGCAUUGAGAAAGGAACUACAGGAGGCCUUGUGCCGCUACACCACAGAUACACUCACCUAUAUUGACACAGUAAGAGGAUUCUGUGAAGGGAUCUCUACAUGGAUCUGUGCGAGGGAGAUAGAAAUGUUCUGUAUGGUGGACAUCAAAGACAGAGCUAUGAGCAAAGGUAAGGCCUUUCUGGAGCUGGAGAAAGAGCUGGCUGCUGUGGUGAAGGACACUCUGGGAGGCCUGAAGGAGCUGGACUGCUUCCUGGAUGCAGUGGAGAAGCUUGCGGUCACCUCACUUCAUGUGUUCAAGGAGCAGAACCAAGUGUUACACCUGCCCCAAGGGAUCAGCUGUGAACAGGUUCAGGUUGUCAUCAUUGCUGCACAGCAAAUCUGCCCACAACUCCUCGAGUUUAAAAGAGAUGCAAGUGUCUUCUUCCAUCCCAAACUUCAGAAUGUGGAAGUGCUGUCCUAUCAGCUGGACAUAUACAUUCAGAACACCCAGAAAAUCUGUGACAAGUUAGAGAAAAGCUCCUUCAGUGAGUUUAGCCUGAAGAUGACUGCUGAAACUCGGGUAGACAUUGAUGUGAAUUUGUCUGAAGAUGACAUGAAGAGAAUGCUUUGUCACAUUACUCAGCUUGAUGAAAUCCGAAAGGAACUACAGGAGGCCUUGUGCCGCUACACCACAGAUACACUCACCUAUAUUGACACAGUAAGAGGAUUCUGUGAAGGGAUCUCUACAUGGAUCUGUGCGAGGGAGAUAGAAAUGUUCUGUAUGGUGGACAUCAAAGACAGAGCUAUGAGCAAAGGUAAGGCCUUUCUGGAGCUGGAGAAAGAGCUGGCUGCUGUGGUGAAGGACACUCUGGGAGGCCUGAAGGAGCUGGACUGCUUCCUGGAUGCAGUGGAGAAGCUUGCGGUCACCUCACUUCAUGUGUUCAAGAAGGAGAACCAAGUGUUACACCUGCCCCAAGGGAUCAGCCCUGAACAGGUUCAGGUUGUCAUCAUUGCUGCACAGCAAAUCUGCCCACAACUCCUCGAGUUUAAAAGAGAUGCAAGUGUCUUCUUCCGUCCCAAACUUCAGAACGUGGAAGUGCUGUCCUACCAACUGGACAAAUACAUUCAGAACACCCAGAAAAUCUGUGACAAGUUAGAGAAAAGCUCCUUCAGUGAGUUUAGCCUGAAGAUGACUGCUGAAACUCGGGUAGACAUUGAUGUGAAUUUGUCUGAAGAUGACAUGAAGAGAAUGCUUUUUCACAUUACUCAGCUUGAUGAAAUCCGGAUGAACCAGGACUUCCGGAUGGUGUUCUUGUUUCAGGAGGAAUCAUGUUCUGGCUUCAUCAGUGAGUUCCGCAAACGACAGCCCGGGAUGCUGCAGUUUCUCAAUGAGCUGGAGGAGAAUGCUGUUCAGCUAGACAGGAUGAAUAAGGGGGCAAAGAUCUCCAGUGUGGCAGGCAGCUCAGUGGGGGCAGUUGGAGGUGUGUUUUCCAUCAUUGGUUUGGCAUUAAGUCCAGUAACAGCUGGAGUGUCUCUAGCUCUGACAAUGACUGGGGUAGGGAUGGGAAUUACCAGUGGGGUCAACAGUCUUGUCACCACAGCCACAGAGAUCGGAGUAAACUAUACACAAAAAAACAAAGCCAACGUAGCCUUCCAGAGCUUCAUGAAGGAUGUGCAGAGUCUGCAGGAUUGUCUGGAGAAGGUGAGCAGUCAAACUGUCACCACAAUAGAAACAAGUAAGAUGGAUGUGGCUGUGGAAGUAGGCAAGGUCCUUGGUAAAGCUGGUGCUGUUGGAAAAGGGAUUGAUUCGUUUGUUGAUGCUGCCUCUGCUUUUAAGUUGUUGAAAAGCGAAGAGCUGAUUGCAGGUGCUGGAAAGGUGGUGGCCCAGGAAGGUAAAGCCUUACGUAACGUUCCCAGGGUGGCCUCAGAAGUCCCAGAUAUCGGUCAGGCAGCAGUCAAAGGGCCUCUUGCCCUCUCCAAGUCAGCCAGGGCCAGUCUCAUUGCAGCCAAUGCUCUUUUCCUUGGCCUGGAUAUCUUCUUUAUCUGUAAAGACAGCAUUGGUCUGGCCAAAGGCAGCGAGACUGAAGUCUCUAGGUUCAUCAGAGCCAGAGCUGCACUUUGGAGCUCAGAGAUAGACUCGUGGCAGAAGAUCCAUGACUCCCUGUGCAAAGGUCUGCUGGUGUCAGAGAAAAACAGAGCUGUCCUGGAGACGCCAUUUUAUCCAGAGAUGGAGCUGAGGAUAGAAGCAGAGACAGAAGCAGAAGCAGAAACAGAAGCAGAAACAGAAGCAAAACUGAAAGAAAAAUGGUUUUGUGUAAUCCUGUCUACUGCAGCGGUGGCAAUGCUCACUGUGCCUUUUUGCUUGUCUUUGAACUAUGUUUAGAUCCAUUUUAUAUAAAAAUCCUGCAUACAGCAGAAAACCACUGAUCAUCCACAAUCAUUCCAGCGUGUCUUUCAGGAAUUUUUAGCUGCGAUUCUUAAGACAUAAACCAUUUCACUCUUAACAUUUUUUAAUGAUUAUAUAGCCAGCAUGACUUUUGUUCCUUGUCAGAUUUUAUAUACUUUAACUUUUGCUAUGAUUAAGAUUUCUUUAGUAUAUAUGCAUAUGACAUUUAGUAGUGAAGACUUAAUCUGAGAAUCAUUGUAUGUUGGCUGUUAACCUUAAAUCUACAUUUACAGAUUAUCUCAUUAUUUUGAGAUAAUCUUAGGGGUCAAUCAAUAAUCGGCCUGGCUGAUUAUCAGCGCAGAUAUUAAGCAUUUUUCCAAUAAUAUGCAUCGCUCAUUAUAAAAUCAGAUAGCAGAGAUAAUUAAUUAAUAAAAAAAUGGGCUCCUUUGGCUCUGAUGCAGCUGCCUUUCUCUGUUUGUAGUCACAUCAUUCAAUAUCGAUUAUUCUUAUGAUGUCAAAUCAUUAUAAGGCUGAUUUUUGCUCCUGAGUGAAAGUUGAAGAAACCUGAGGACGCCAAAGAGUAAAAUGUAGAAGUAACUUACUGGUAUCGAUGGCCCACUUCAAGCACUUAUCAAAAUUGACACCAGUUAUCUGUGAAGCUGUACUCCACCAGUGGAUUAUAUUCUGACAAAAAUUGCCUUGUUACGUUGGCAAAGGUCCAGACGAUCCAAUCCAAUAAAAUAUUUAGUCCAAAACGCAUUAUUAUAACAAUAAAUACACACGGACUGCUAUUGCUUAGCUUUAUGUUAGCCUAACUACAGCUAGCAUGUAAACAAAAAAUGCUUCUGUCCACGGCCCACAAUAGCCAAUGAGUGUCCACGUAGCCAGGAAGUGCCAGUCCCCUUUCUUUCGUGUAUACACCAGCCACCAGUAGCGCAGAGGAAGACUGGCGCUUCACACGCACACACACAUAACAUGCGCCAGUUUAAAAAUAUGCAAGAAUAUUUCCCACAGACAUAUUUAUAUAUUGUCGAAUACAAAAACUUCUCGAGCCGGAAUUCCGGCACAGAGUCCGAGAACUUUAAUCCCUGAGUUUAUGAUAAUUUAUCACUCAUAGGGUACAAAUAUUAUUUGCUAUUUAUAAAGAUAAAACAUGACAAUUAACUUUAAUCUUGUUAUUUUCAACAAAGUUUAUUGUUGGAGUUUGUGUUAUUCUAAAUUUUGACACCAAGAUUAAAAAUUUUACAGCAACUGUAUAUCGGUUCCAAAUAUCGGUCAUCGGUCUAAUUAAUUGCUAAUAAUUGGGAUUGGCCAGGAAAAAAACAUAUUGGUCGAUCUCUAAUUAUAUUAUCAAUGCCUUUAUCAUCAUAUAUUAUGCGUUACUUUUAAAUGUUUGCUGUCAUUACAGACAAUUUAGAACAGGUAUUACAAAGUUAUGGUGUUUGCUGGGGUACCUAUCCUGCUCAUCUUUAAAAUGUUUUAUUGUUGCAAUGCAAAUUUUACAAUGUUAUCUUGAUUCAUUUUCUGUAACACCAAUUUCACCAAGCUCUUCUGCAUCCCUGACUUGAUAAAAGAGCUGUAUUAUAGUUAAGUAAUCCAAAUAAAUGAAAACUCUGUGCACAUGCAUUAGCAUUUACAAUAAUAAACAGUAACCUCAUGUAAA